ACACUACCCAGCCCUCCCAAAAUGGCUUCUGCAAAGAAGCGGCCUUAUUCACUCUCCCUGCUUUCACAGUCGUCUCCUACAGCCGUCAACGUAGGAUGCUCAGGCAAUGAAAGGACUGCUGUCAGUGAAUUGUGCUCCGAAAGAAGGUGCAACAUAACACCUACCCCACUGUCAAGAAUUAGAGAGGAUGUUGAUUCUCUCAGUGGAGGAAACAUCACACCAUCCCAGGUCAGAACUGACCAUUCCGGCAUAUUGAUUAAUAGAAGAACCACAGCUACACCAACUCAUGCCCAAAAUGCAGACUUCAGUGAAUCUGUGAUACGAACCAUCCUGACCAAUCAAGAAGUCAUCAAAGAUCAGAUGGGCAUUUUGGUGAAGCUAGUUCAUCAGUUAAAGGGGACUGCAGAAGAGAGCCCAUCUCUACCACCGGAAACCCUUCCGGUUGCAACCCUUCAAGAGCUUCUGGUUUUGGAGGGAAAGCUGCUUGAUCAAGAAUUCAAGAAAACUCUGACGAUUACCUUGGCACAAAGAGGAGGUACAGCCGUUAAGGACACUGUUUGGAGAAUGAUGGGAUACCUCUUGACCAAUGAACUUGCCAGACAGAUGAAUUGGAAAGGAGCCAAUGGCAAGGCAGCCUUCAAGAACCUUAUUCUAAGAGGGAUAAUCAAUGAGGCUGUACGAAGAAACCGACUUACAGCAACAACAACAGAUCAAGAAACUGAACUGUGGAUUAAAAGGUGGCUCCAUCUUGCUGGAGACAGAGAUGGAGGACGCCGUGCCAGGCAGCGAACUGAUAACUGAUGUAACCGAGACAGUCUACUUGUUGAGAACAAUGCUAUAGUUCAGCAUACUUUCAGCUACAUUAAUUGUUGUGACAAAUUUAAAGUUUAAUUUGUUUUGUUAACUUUGUUCAAUGUGGCUUAGUUUUAUUCUGUUUUCAGCCAUUAUAAUGGGUGUUUUUUGCAUUGGAGCAACCAUCAAAAAAUAUAUUUAACGCUAGGCAGAGGUGCUGUCAUUUCGUGAACACAAGUUGAUUGUGACAGAGGACAUUAGACACUAUUUUUUCCCAAAACUUACAAGGGGGAAUGCAAACGUUGUUCCACAGGAGCUCACGGACUGCAGAUGUGCCCACAGGCAUUUUUUGUUUAUUGGCCCAUUCAGAAAAUCUAACAUUUUCUAUUUAGCUAACUGUUCAUUCAUUUUAAUAAAUGGAAAUGAAUAACAAAAGCAGUCAUUGUUUGUUACUAGAACUGCUCUAUUACAAGGUGGAUUGAGUAUCAGAAAGAGGUUUGAGUGUUGUGAGAUGGUAAUGCAAAAUAGUUAUUGGUCCUUACCUGAUUGUGGUCCUGUGUGGACCUGUGUGUCCUGGUCUAUACAUAAUUGAUGUCCAUUUUCUAGGUUCUGAGCUGAUUUCCCCUGACACAUGGCUGGUACAUAACUGACAUACGGCUCAUGUAAGUUAAGGGUGUGAUUAAUUCCUCUGGCCCAUACCUGGCCCGCAGCAUAGGUGACGGGAUGGUAUGGCCCUGAUCUGGCACACAUCUGGCCCUUUAGAUGCCUGACAUCUGGCACAUUUAAGGGGAAGCUGUGAUUAAGUCUUUUGGCCCAUACCUGGCCCGCAUCUGGCCGGUAACAUAGGUGAGAAUAUGGUAUGGCUCUGAUCUGGCACACAUCUGGCACAUUGAAGGUGAAGUGAUUUAUUCCUUUGACCCAUGUAAGGUGAACAUUAUGGUACAUUUUAUUUGGCCCAGAUUUGGUCCACAUCACACCAGACAUCUGGCCCAUAUAGGGUGAAACUGUGGCCGAGUUAAGGCAGCCACACUCACCCUGAGUCAACGCCGUAAGUCAAGGCCAAAUGUGGGCCAUAACAGAAUUUCAGAUGUGGCCCAUAUAAGGUGGAUUUGUGGCUGAGUUAAGGCAGCCACACUCACCCUGAGUCAACGCCGUCAGUCAAGGCCAAAUGUGGGCCAUAAGAAAGAUGCAAAUAUGGGCCAAAUUUGGGCUGAAUAUUUAUUGCUA